GAGCAUGCUCAUUGCGUCGCCUGGGCCAACGACGCCAUCGCCGUCAUGAAUUCCAUUUCUCCCCCUGGCGCCUCGCCGUCGGGCCCAUGCACAUCGGCCCAGCGGAGCGCCUUGGAGCACGUGACCGGGCACUGCCGGCGAUUGUCCAAGCCGUCCGAGGAGCGCCGGCUGCGCGAGGGGGCUCUUGGCGAGCUCCUCGCAGGGUCGCCGCUAUACGAAUCUGGCGGGCCCACCCGUCCUUAUGCGAGGGACUCCGUCUCUUGGCCGCGCGCUGGAGAGCAUGCCGCGCCGCUGCAGGGCCUGCUCAACACGCCGGACACUUCGUGGCUUGAGGACUGGCGCUUGAACAUGCUACGACGGAUCACUUCGGCUGAUAUUCGAUACUCGGACGGCGAACUGCUACUUCGCGGACGCCCCGUCCACGCGGCCCCCACCGCCUCGGCGUUCUCGGACCUGGAGGCGGAGGGAGGCCGAUGCGUGGUCGCCGCCGACGACAUCACCAACGCUUUUUACCAGAUGCGGAUGCCUUCCGGCAUGGAGCACUACUUCCGGCUCCCGCCGAUCGACAGCUCCUUCCUUCGAGCCGCCGGCGUCCCGGACCUUCCUGAUGGCGCUGUGCAGGGGUGCAUCACCGUCAUGCCGAUGGGCUUCUCGUGGUCCACGCACUUGUGCCAGCGCGUGCUGAGGGACGGGCGGCCGGCGGUUUCGCUCUCUCAGCCGACGGACGUUGGAUGCGCGGGAUACGUGGACAACUACCUGGCCGUUGGCACCAACGCCGCCCGCGUCAACGCUGUGGUCGACCAGGUCUCUGAGCAGCUCCAGCGCGUCGGGAUCCACGUCCACGACGCCGAGAGCGCGUCCGGGGAUUGUACCUUCCUCGGCCUGGAGCUGCGCGCCGGGCGGUGGCUCUCCGUCAAGGGGCGGAACGUCUGGCGCUUGCGGUACGCCAUCGAGGAGGUCCUCCGCCGCAAGAAGGUGUCGGGCCACCUCCUCCGGAUCCUCCUGGGGCACAUCACGUGGACGUCCCUCGUUCGACGAGAGGCCCUGGCCCUCCUCAACACGGCCUACGCCUUCGUCGAGGUGAACGGCGUCGACCUCCAGGAGCUGUGGCCCGCGGUCCGGCGGGAGCUGUGGCAGGUACGGCGCUUCCUGCCGCUGCUGGCGUGCGACUUGUCGGCCCCCUGGAGCAGCCACGUCACUUGCUCGGACGCCAGCGAGUUCGGGCUGGGCGUGUGCCGCCGCCGGGCGCCGCGCUCUGAGGUGGCCCGGAUCGGGCGCGUUAGCGAGCGGUGGCGCUAUCGAGUGGACGGCUUCCAGAGGGCCCAAGAGAGCGCCUUGCGCGACGAGGCCGAGGCCCUGUUGCUGUCGUACCGCCAUCUGCUGCGCUCAAGUUCGUGCUUCGGCUGCCGCUUGCUGGCGUUCGUCGACAACCUUCCGCUCUGCCUCGCCGUGUGGAAGGGCCGUGCCUCGUCGCCGUUGCUGAAGGUGCCGUUGCUCAAGAUCGCAAUGCUGUCUCUAGCAACGGGGCCCCGCCGCGAGCGGGCGGCCAUGCCCCGAGCCAGGGCCUCCCCGCGGCGUCGGCUGGCGUCGGGACCGACCGAUGCCGUCCGCCGGCGGAUGUCGCUGGCCACGGCGCUGAUCGAGAGCUCUGCACCCUGCGGCACGCUGAGCCCCCUGGAGCUGGCGGCCGUCCGCCCGGCGACGCAGGCGGCGCACCGCGCGCUCCUCAACGGCUUCGUGGCCUUCUGCUCGGCCCACCGCCUGGACUGGAGCUCGAUGUCGGAGCUCGACGAGGCGACCGGGGUUCGGGAGGUGUCUGUCAGUUUCGGCAAGCCGGUCUGCUGGCUGCCUGCGUCUCUCGAGCCGCCACCGCGUCUGUAGGGCAGCUUCCGCCUUUCGAGCCUUGACACAAAAAACUGAAUAUCUAAUAUGCAGGCUGGCCGCCCCCCGAGCGCCGCAGUAGCUGCUGGGAGAUGUUAUAUCGUUUUGCAGAGAUGUAGAGCUGGAGCGGCCGCACGGUUGCCGCGGAGCGGUGUUGAGGGCAUAACAUGCGUCAACAUAUGUGCGCAAUUGUUUUUGCUCAAGCUCUCCCGCCCGUUUGUGUCGUUUCCCCUUUCCCACCCUCAUCUCUGGAGGUGUCUGUCAGUUUUGGCAAGCCGGUCUGCUGGCUGCCUGCGUCUCUCGAGCCGCCGCCGCGUCUGUGGGGCAGCUUCCGCCUUUCGAGCCUUGACACAAAAAAACUGAUUAUCCUAUAUGCAGGCUGGCCGCCUCCCGAGCGUUGCAGUAGCUGCU